AAAUUGAAAGGAAUGAAGCAUGAGAAAAUGUGACUUCAUUUGUAUUUGUGUGUGUUCUUGUGAUCAGUGUUGUUUAUUUGUUAGUGAUUUUGUUCCAAAUUUUAAAUUGUCUGUCUCAAUGUACUAAGAGCUGUUUAUGUGAAAAAAAUGUCGGUAUUCUUCAACAAAGACCUGAUUGCCAGCAUCAAUCGGUUAAUUGGCAUACAAAAUGAUCCUGAUGUAGUGUGUGAAAGAUGCUCUACAACUACCGACGGAGAAUGCAUGUGUGCCUCACCGUAUCCAUAUAGGCGUUUGGAUGCUGAAAAGAAUGAAAGAGCCGUUAAAAUCACUUUCCACAAACAAAGGGAUUCUGACGAAGGUAAAGUUACCAUGGAAGUGGAGAGAAAUAUGUGCGUGUUGGAUUUGUGUAAGAUAGUGGCAAUAAAAAUGGAAUACCAAACCACUGCAUUUUGGUCAUUGGUAGAAUACUGGGUAGACAAAAACGCCGAGCGCGUACUUGAAGAACACGAAAUAAUGGUGGAAGUUUAUAAUGACAUGAUGAAAUUCAAAAGAAGAGCCACUGUGCGAUAUGUGUUACGACAAGACAUAUCAAAAUUUGAUUUUUUGAGUGAGCCCACUAGAAUACGUAGUGAGGGAAGCAUAAUUUGUGAAGGUUUACAAUAUACCAAUACUGGCCAUGUAAUAUGCUACAUUGAGAAUUCAGUCGAUGAUGGUCGCUGUCCAGUGUUCUUUUCAAGAGCCCUAAUGAGGAGAGGUAAGGAUUGGGAACAAGUUUAUCUCCUCCUUAAAGAUAGAAGAUUGUAUUAUUCCGCUGUAACUGAGGGACAGAAGAGAAUGAUGGAAUUAGGGGAUUUAUCUAUCAGGAAACAUUUUUAUUCCAUGGAUAAGGUUGAUAUACAAGAUAUCAGGGGGUUGGUUCUAGUCGGCGAAGCUACCGAACUCCAAGUGUAUCGCGUAACGAGAGAGGGUGGUUCCGCUUAUGAAACAAACGCGUUUUUGCUAAGACCCACUGCUACACCAGCACCACGAACUAGCCAAGACGCGGAACCCGUGGUGAACGUACCGGUGCUCCCAAAGUCGGUAAUCCGUUUUACCAGUUUAUCAUCAAAUUUUGCGACGACUUGGAUAGCACUCAUGAGGCUGGCUAAGUAUGGAAAGCAACUUCGAGAGAACUACCGAGCGUUCAAGAACAAGAACGAUGCCUCCUCUAGGGAAUUCAGCAGGGCCAAUGUCCCAAAUCGGCCACAGAGUCCACUUUUCAGGAGAAUGGGCUGUAGAGAGCAUCUAGGAGAGAGAGCUAAUUUUAGAAGAAGUAAUCAUGACCACUUGGCCCUACUCGACUUUUCUGGAAGAAGUUAUGGUGCCAGUUCUAGGCUCUCGGAAAUGGACCCGAGAAGAAAUUCAACCGUUUUUUUCAGAUACAUGACUAAUACAGACCAGAAAGAAGCAGCAAAGAGUAAAGAAGGAACUAUUAGUAGGUUAACUAGUUCUAUCAGAAGAAAAUUACACAUUGGAAGUCAACAGCCAACGACUUUGCCAUCGGCACUUCCUGCAACUGAUGAACCUCAACCAUCUACUUCACGUGAUAUCCAAGCAGCAGAUCCUGUUCAAACUGCCGAAAAAGGGAAAAUGUUUGGUGCUAUCAGGAAGAUAUUCUCUCCUAAACCAAAGAAAAGUGGUAAAAGAAGAAAAUCAGACGAACGACGGAUUCUCCCAAGAGUUGCAAGGCGAGGACCUAACGACGCAAUAGAGUAUAUAGAAUACGUAUCAGAUGAAAGAUCUUCACAAGAAUAUGACACUGCUGUUGUGUCCCCGAAUCCAGAAGUCCAAGAAGUUGCUUCAGGUGUUGAGUUUGGAGCUACAUGUAUAGGUUUUCAUUCAGUGAGUGCAACCAUCACAAAUGAUGGAACUUCAAGCACAAGUGGAAAUGAAACACAACCUCCAAUUCUUGAACGAGAAUCUAUACGAAGCAGGGUAGCAAUGGAUUUCACAGGGAAACAGGGUAGAAUAGUUGAAGAUCCAGUAGAAGCCAAUGAAAUUGCUCUAGCAGAAGGAUAUAUGUGGAAAAGGCGCCAUAAAGUACCGGCAAGACGACCAUUAAAUCCAAAAUUGAAUGAAAACCACGUAGAUGUAGGAAUUCACACCAUGCAGCCUUGGUUUCAUAGCAACCUCACGAGAGAUCAGGCAUCUUCGUUAGUUACCAGAUAUGGAGAAGGAGAUGGGGUGUUCAUAGUGAGACCCAGCCGGACAAGUGAAGGAACAUACGUCCUAACCUACAAAUGUCAAGGAAAAUUAGCUCACCAACAAAUAGUGCCGAUAAUCGACAAGGAGAGAAAUAUAACAGUUUUCACAUUGGACAACGGCUUAACGAAGUUCUACGAUAUUCUGCAGUUAGUGGAAUUCUACACGGUGAACCUCGGACCGUUGAUGUGUCGAUUAACGCAUUACAUCACUGAGAAUGCCAAUAUACAAAACCCAAACGUCCCUUCUCCCUCAAAUGCACCGAAAUAUGUAAAUGUUGCUGUGAAUACCGAUAUAUCUAUACACAGCACUGAACAAACGAACCUCUUGGAGUCUCCUUCAGGGUCGUCGAAAACUACCUCUUCUCACUCACUGAGUUCACGCUGAGAUGAGAUAAUGUAUUGUUUAUGUUCAUGAUGGACAAUUGGGAAGAGUUCUCAUAUAUUUCGCUUCAUUACUUCUUUACAACAAUGCUUCACGUGUGUUUCAUUAGAGAAAUGAAUUUACUGGCAGGGUAAACUAACUCAUUCUCACAUUUAAAAUGCUCGAUUUGCAUAAACUAUGAUGUGAUGGUAUUGAUACUAAAACAAUGAACAAUGACUAAGAUCCUCAAAAGCUCAACAUUUUUCCUAUUCCGGCAUUGACAAUUCGAUCUUAAAUUAAAUCUUGAGCGAUUUAUUUGAAAUACUACAAGUUACCGCCUAUUCGAAUGACAAUUGCUUACUGUUAUUUUUUCUUUGAACAUACCAAAUGAAUCUAAACUAAUCCAUCAGGAAUGAUAUAACGCAUUAGCUAUAGAAUUUAGUAAAUCAUUAUUUUUGUCAAUCCAAUCUGAAAAUUUUCAAUGGAAUCAGACAGACCAAAAACAUAACAUUAUAUUUAUUUAUGAAGAAUCAAUAUCCAUACUUUUCGAAUUAUUUUCACUCAAUGUAUAAUUCGUAAUUAUUCUGAAUUAUCUGUUGUUUUUCAAUAAAAGUUUAUAUUUCUUCAAUAUUCAAUGUGAUUCAGGAAUAGGAUCGAAACCUGAUGAAAAUAAAAUAGAGGUGUAUAGAGGUAUAUUGUGUACGAAAAUUAGAGUGAAAAAAAGGUGAUAGGUAAUUCAACACGUCGCUCAAUAAGUUUCAGUCCUAACAAAUAAAACGACAAAUUUAGGAAAUUCAACAAGAUACACUUGUUCAAUAGUAUAUUCAAAUCAGCACCCCUCUAAUGUUUCUAUUCUUUAUCUUGUGGAAGGAUUCAACCCUGGAAAAUACUUAUGUAUUUCAGAGAGGCCUCUUUCCCUGUAUCAUUUUUUCAAGGUCUGCACCAAUUUACUCAGUACUAGACCUCAAAUCUUAAUUCAACAAAGUUAGUCUAUUAAAAUCACUGUAACUUUUGAAUCAAACGUUCGAUUGACAUGUUCAGCAAGUGUCGUUUGGAGGAUAGGCGUUCUCAAAAAUCUUCGAUUUAUCCGCCAGCCAGUAAUCAGGCCCAGGACUUAUUGAGUGAUGACAAAAAAAAAAUUGAAACAUUUCUAAAAUUUGUUGAUGAAUAUGGUUCUAAUAUAAUUAUUCAUACUAUCCAAAACGCCUUUGAAAAGUAUCAAUAAGCGUUCUUUUGUUUAAAAUAGGAAAAAAUUACGUCCACAAUUAAAAGUAACCGGAAAUGUCACAAUGAUUGUAAGGUGUGCUAUGCAAAUGUCACUGAAAAACCAGGAGCAUGACUUCAAAUCAAUUUGACGGCACAUGGUUGAUUUGAAUCUUUGCUAAUAAGGAUGCAAUUUUUAACACAUAAGCACAAAUGAACAUCAUUGAAAUUACUCUGUUUAUACAAGGUGUUUCCAAGUUUGCGAAUAAUAUUUUGAAAAAAGUGAAUUGUCUACAAAAAUCAAUUCUUGCAUGUAAUUAAUAUAUUUUUCAUUAUGAUGCUAUUUCCUGUUAUAGUUUAUCCAAAAUCACUUGGAGGAAGCUGAAAAUUUCUAUUAUACUAGGGUUGUCCAAGUUUCCAGAAAUUCCUUUGGGACUAGUGAAUUUAUUACCUAACAAUACUUUCAAAUGAACCCCGUAUUUAGCAGAUCGCGGUAUGCACUUUAAAGUUAUAUCAAUACUUUAUUACUUCAUUAAUUAUAAUACAGUGGCUAUGACCAAGCAUUUUUAUGGACUACUAGUUCAAGUGACUUUGGAUAUACUAUACCAUCUUCUGAAUUGAAUUCGGUUUUUGAUAGGUAUCUUCAGUAAAAAAAAAUUAAAAAUCUAUACAGAAAAUGUUUCAGAACUGCAUUAUCUACAUGCGGACAUGACUAAUCAAACGGAAUGCCUUAUUUUUUUUUCAAGAAUGAGUUUGACGAAAUAAAUUCAUAUAUUGAUUUAGCGAUUGAAAAGAUCUCAAACAAUAAUUUGCUUUUCGCGUCAGAUCAUUGCUAUUGCAAUGAUCUGAUCAUUGCAAUAUCUUUAUUAUUAAUUGCAUUCUUCAAUAGAUUUGUUGACUAAAUCUUCUGUGAAAGGCUAGAUGACAGUAUUAAAGAAUCUAAGAACUAAUAUCUAUAGGCCAUUCGGGAAUUAUUGACAUCGAAGUAGGCCCUUCAAAGUCUAGCCGCAGUUUUACUGCUGGUUCCAAAAUAUCACUCAAAAUUUCUGUGGAUUUUUCAAAAAAUUACUGAAUGAGCCAUAACCUACUUCUUUCGAUUCUCCACAAACGCCCGGAAUGUCAAUAAUUCCUGAACGCACUAUCUAUGAUAACGAUCGUUCAUUAAAAUUCGUGGUCAACAGUGAUGUGGAGAAAUUAGAGUUGAUUAUCUGUGAUUACAACUAGCGCUCAGCUUGUACCAUAUUCAUCCCAGAUUCAAAGUAUGUAAACAAAUGUUAGUGAUAAUGAUAUAAGAUAAGCGCUACUCAUAGUCACAGAAAAUCUAACUUCUCCACAGCACUCUUGACCAUGAAUUUGAAUGAACGUUCGUUAUAACACUAUUUCGUGUCGCUUUGACGUUUUCUUUUUAUUGAUGCUGGCGUUCCGAUUGAUUUCUGUAUUACUCAAUUAUUGAUCGCCGUUUGGUUAAGUGACAGGGAAAUUCGAAUCAGAUAGAUAAAAGUGCCAUAAUUUACUUUAAAACUAGUGUUUAUUGCCGAAAUAAGGUUUUUUCAGGAAAUAGCGUUUUGAAAAUACUCCACAAAUUCGCCCUUCGAAUUAUUUCUUAUCAAUUUCUAAACAUCAUGUAUAGUAUCUAUGAUAUAUGGGAUCCCUAUGAAACUGGAAAAGUUUUCACUGAAAGUAUUUUAUAUAUGAGGCAUAUCUGAUAAUGAAAAUGAAAACCAAGUUUUGUGACUGAUAAACUGAGAUAGAGUGACCAAUAAAAUCAUCAACAAUAAUAAUACAAGAUGCGAGACAUAAUUUUAAGAUACGUUUAUGAGAAGAAGUCAGUAUUAAUCAAUAUUAAUUUUAACUGAAAAACAGGGUGUUGUAACUAGUUUAUUUUUCUCAAUUGAUAGAUACAAGGCUGUGGUUGCUUUUUGUGUUAGGAUUAAAUAUGUAUAUUUAAUCAUUUUAUAUUUGUUGAAUUAGUGUGUGUUGAUGUUUCAGGAUCGAUGUUGAAAUUAUUGAAAAUUGACAAUUUUGAUAAUGAUUAUUUUUUUUUCAAUCGGAACUUUAAGUUUUAGGUAAUAAGACAAAACCAAAAACUCUUAUAUAAUCACAAAGCAAUAUGUAACUGUUCUAACUACUACAUAAUUAUCAAUUACUCUUAUAUACUAAAGAUAGAUGUGAUACUUUUUCAAUCAAGACAAAUUAUAUCUGUAGGGGUACUGUCCGAACUCUUCUCAUUUUUUUCUUGAUUUUCAUUGAAUAAGAUUAUGAAUGUUCAAAAAUUUAAGAAAAAUGUAUCAUUUCAAAAAAGCGCUGAUAGCUGAAGCUAUAAAAUUUUAAAUGUGAUAUAAAUAUUAGUAUAAGUAAUUUUAGGUUAGAUAUUUCUUUCACUUCGAAUUCAAUUCAUAUUAAAUCAUUCUCAGCCAAAAAUAUAGUUUAUUGCUUCAACUGAUUCUAAAAAAGCCUGAAAUGAAAAAGUACCUGAAUCAUUCUAAAAACUUUGAAAGAUUUCUCAUGAUUUUUAUAUUUAAACUCACCAGAAUAUUCGAGAAAUCGUAACUCUUGUUUUUGAAAUAUGGUACCAAAUCAGCAUAGGCAAUAAACAAUAAAUUAUUGAUUUAUACGAGUGCUAUGUGUUCAUAUGGAGUAUAAAAAUUAAACAUCUCAGAAAACUAAUUUCAAGCAGACACCUUUAAUUAUUAUAUCGAAAUGCAUAAGAGAAAUCAAUGAGAAGAUUAAUUUUUAAUACUUUUUAAAAUCUACACAAUUAAUCGUACAAGCUUAAACCAUAAUUUUUCAUUUGCAAUUCUUCUAAUUAUAGAAAGGUAGCUCGUUUUGUGAUUGAUUAGUGUUUACUGUCUAAUUCAGAAUAACCUACCCUAAACUUAAUUGUCUUUCUUUUAACAUAAAUGUCUCCAUGAGCACAAUUCAUAAAUACCUACAAUGCUUGUAAAUGACUUCUCAAUAUGAUGAGUCAAUUUUUUAGAUUAGUGUAAUUAUACAUUAUUUUAUUCAAUUUAGAGACCAUUUUUAUAUUUUAUAACUAUUUACUGAUCGAAUACUUUGCACAAUCAAUACCCAAGAUCUUCUGUUUCUGAAAUAAAUAUCAAUAUGAAAA